AAGUGGAACUGCACAAAACACAUUGACGAAAAUCGUCGUGUGGUGUGGAUAAAUUUGUGGCGCAACAAAAAAAUCAUGUAAAUUUCUCAAAUAGUUUUUCGCCUGUCAAAAUAACUAGUCUUCAAUCCUAGAAGUUCUGAUCGUCUUUUAGAGAUUCACACAUGCCAUUUCUGUGUUGAUUCCAAACUCUGCCGAAAUGGAUAAACCACCUACGUAUGCAGAUGCCUGUAAGGAUGAAGAGAAUCCAAUCACGCGUGUGACCUUAGCGUUGGUGAUUCCCCCUCCGUCUCCAGCAGACACUCAGCCAGGUGCACCCAUCCAUAAAGAUGAUGAAGAGCAAAGUAUUCCAGAUGAACCUCCUCCAGCAUACGAUGAUCAACACGAAGACGAUGAUGGUGAUAAGAAACCUCUGCUACCUUCUGAGCAGGGAUGGACUCAACCUACACUGGAAGAGAAACUUGUCCAAGCUGGGCUGCUGAGCAGAGAUGACCUGAAAGAAGAUUCUGGUUCAAUGCUCGGAGGGGACUUGAUGUUUACUGUAGCAUUUUUCAUCGCCUUCCUGUUCAACUGGAUAGGAUUCUUGUUUGCAUACUGUCUCAGUGUCAGUGUGGCUGGACGAUAUGGUGCUCUGUCAGGAUUUGGGGCAUCCAUGGUCAAAUGGACGCUCAUUGCUGUGUACUCUGAUUGUUGCAGCUUAUAUUUAAGGGGUGCUACAUGCCUGCUCAUUGCUCUAACACUCAGUGGUGUACUGGUUUGUGGACGUGGGAUCUACAUGUACCUAAAAAUCAAACGCCAACUACAGGGUGGAAAAAACAUACAGUAUGUCUACUGGCAGAACAUGUAGAUGAGGUGAGGAUUCCUUUAUGAAAGUCUCUCAACAGAAAACAACUCUGACAAUUAACUAAAGGAACCAUCUCUACUUUUCCGAAAUCUCACAUCUUUAAUAAUUAUUUAAGAGAAACUUAAACUUUUAAAACGUUAAUAGUUUUUCACAAAGCAUUUUUGUAACAAUUUGAUUCUAGAUUUAUCUAGUUUUUCCCCAAGGAAUUAGAAAGAUUUUACACUUUUUCAAUAAGCCAUUUGCGAGUUAGAUUUGAAUAAUGUCUGGUACAAUGACUUGCUUAGUCACAGUGUACUGCU